AUGGUCACGAAAUUUACGAGCCCAGGCUGGAAUGCCAGGCAUCCAGCAACAAAAGACCCCAAGCAGGAUGCACGAAGCGGGGACCUCAGGAUCCGAAGUACAGGACACAGGGAUGGGCGUCCCGAUCCGAAGAUCCUCUGGUCAGCAGUCCCCGACGACCUAAUACGGUAUUGUGCUGGCUCGAGUGGUGCUGGCUGCUGUCACACCGUCCCGGUCGAUCAGUGCAUCGGCCAACGAAUUCCUCCGGAAUCCUUCGUCUCGUCCCAUCCGUCCGGGCUCUGGGUAUUUGAGAUUCUCCCCCGACACAACGGUUCACGCCAGAUGCCUAAUAGUCAGAUGGGGCGCCAGCGAUCCGUGCGGGAUUCACGCGCUGCGCAGAUCAACCCAGACUAA